AUGUAAAUUGUAAUUUGACAAAAAAUGCUUGGAACCCUAAAUUGAAAUACAAAAACAGUGUGGGUGACAUACUAUUGAUCCGAAAUACAAGCUCGCUCGCUUGCUCUCUCUCAACACCACCACCUGCUCUUCUCUGCUCCGCGAUCUGCAAUCAAUGGCUGACGAGGAACCUGUUGAUCCAAAGGGAUAUCUUGAAGAGUCUUGCAAGCCAAAAUGUGUAAAACCUUUACUUGAAUAUCAGGCAUGUGUUAAAAGGAUACAUGGUGAUGAAACUGGGCAGAAACACUGCACUGGACAAUAUUUUGAUUAUUGGGCUUGUGUUGACAAAUGUGUCGCACCAAAGCUAUUCACCAAACUCAAGUAAUAGUGGAGAAUGGUCUGCCAUCAUCGCGUUCUGUUCUACUUUCAUUUCCAAAUUACUGCCUCUAAACAUUUAAUUUUGUAACCAAACUAAAUGCCCUGUUGUAUGGUUAUGGUUGUGUUCACUGUGAAAUUUUGAGCCCAUGAAGACCUUGGAUUAUGAUUAAUAAGAACAUCAUGCCAAAUUGUAACUUUUGAGAUUUGGAAGGUUGUUUCCUGGUAUGAUCCUACAUUCUAAAUAAGUAUGAGAAUAUGGUUUGAACUUUGAA